UAUUAUAAAUAUAUAUCGUUUGAUAAUUUUCUUGCCGUCUACCAACCGGAACGGAAGAUAAAAACAUCCGGUGAUAGAUAAUGUUGAUUUUUCAUAACUACGUCAUACCUAUAAAAUAUUGCGAGUUUCUGCUGCAACCACAGUCAAGGGAAGUCUAGUGAGCUAGUUGCAAGCGAGUUGUAUUCGAGUAUCAGACAAGUCAGAUCAAAGUAUUCAGAAAAAAUCAAAAUGAUGAUAAAAUUUGUUUUAUUAUUACUUCUUGGCCACUGUUUGGCUAACGCAUCAAAGGACGAAUUAAUACAAACUAUAUCGGUAUCUAACCAAUAUAAGGAAAAAUAUGAUAUGAAAAUACCGUUUUACGAACAAAUUCCGUGUGAAACUACGGAUACUUUAAGAUUAGAAGGAAUGGUUAUCAGAAGUAUUACUGAUGAUUUGAUACAAAGUGAUACUAUUCGUCACAUCUCCUUCAGAAACAAUUCUUUAAGAAAUAUUCCGAUGAAAGUUUUAAAUCGCGUACAACAUUUAACCUGCUUGGAUUUGUCCAUAAAUAAUAUUAAUCUUCACAAUAACAACUUUAUCCAACAUCAUACUCUUCGAGUACUCGACUUAAGUUAUCAAAAGCCGGAGUUCACGGACUGGUCGAAAUCGGAGGUCGAAGAUUUGAAGCAAAACAAAAAACCUACGGGAUUAGUGAACUUUAUUACAACUAAUAUAUAUUUACCAAAUUUAGAACAUCUUCUUUUAAAUGGUAAUUAUAUAUGGGCGCUUUCCGAUACGUUUAAUGCAUCAUUUCCGAAAUUAUCGCAUUUAUAUUUAAACAAUAUUAACGCUAAGGAAAUAAAUUUAGAACUUUUUAAUAUAAUUCCCAAAACUUUACGGGUCCUUUAUUUAGAAAAUAAUUAUUUAUCUAAUUUUUCGUUACAAAAUAUGGCAGAAAUUAAGGAAUUACAUCUUAAUGGAAACCCUUUAAAGAAUAUCGAAAUCAUUUCGAACUAUUUGCAAAUUUUAUUAUUAUCCGAUGGGGCGGCAAAAGGAAAUAUUAAUUUACGUACACCUAAUUUAGAAUAUUUAGACUUAUCUAAUAAUGACUUUUAUGUUGACUAUAAUAUGCGAUAUGAUAAUCUUAAGUUUUUGAAAACGCUUUUACUCGAUUAUAAUAAAUUUUCACGUUUUCCACCAUUUGCAUAUACAUCGCUUAUUAAAUUAUCAUUAAGUUAUAAUAUGAUAACAUACAUUAUUCCAAAAUAUUUCGAACAUUUGACAUUUUUGGAAAAAUUAUCAUUAAAAGGAAAUUAUAUAAAACAUGUAGAAACAGAUUCCUUUAUGGGUUUGAAUCGUUUAGAAUAUUUAGAUUUAUCAGAGAAUCAAAUAAAACAAUUGCCUUAUGAUUGGACAUCGAAAUUAACAAAUCUACGAUUUCUGAAUGUUAGUUUUAAUCACUUUGAAAAAAUUUCAGACUUAUCCAUUAGUUCAUUUAGUUCAAUAUCGCAUGUGUUUGUAAAAAAUAAUAAGUUUACGGAAAUUACAGUAAGAGAAUUAAACACUCUGCCCACUUCAAUUACUGUAUAUUUAAAUUAAGAGAAAGAGGGAAAAAGAGAAAUUGAUUAAAUUUCAAAAUUAAUGGCCAUAUAGUUCGUUUUUAAUGAUAUACAAGUUUUA